AAGAAAAAAAAAAAAAAAAAAAAAAAAGAAAGAAGCUCUUAAGGUGAAAUUUUAAAGAAAUAAUAAAAUGAUAUUGAAGUACGGUCUUUUGAUAUAACUUGUGCCAGUGUUAUAAUGUAAAUAAACAACAUAAUUAAUAUUUUUUAUUUUACAAAAUAAUAUCAAUAGAUAUCUACUCAUAUAGUAUAAUUACUCGAAAUUUUAUCCCAAAACCCCACAUUUACCCUUUUUUUUUUUUUUUUUUUUGGGACAGACAUUUACCGCUGUUGUUCCUCUUUGAUCGGCACACCUUUUGCGCCUUUACGAGUUUCCCCAAACCAUCAAACUUCCUGAGUCAACAACCGUCAAAAUCUUUCACUCGUCUUCUUCGCAAAGCACAAGCACAGCCCUAGCCCUAGCCAUGGCUAUCAGCAUCACAGACUACGAAUCCAAUUGCGACACCCACGACCUCUACAGAGUAGAUUUCUUCGAUGACAAUAUCGAAACCCUAGUCACGCACACUCCGUCCAAGGUGAGGUCUUGGAUCCAGAAAAUCAAAUACGUACACCGUUUCAGGCUCCAAGAACUCAUCGUCGGCCUCGACGUUGAGUGGCGACCAUCCUUCACCCAAGGCGUCACCAACCCUGUAGCAACCCUGCAACUAUGCGUCGGCCACAAUUGCCUCAUUUUUCAGCUCUGCUACUGCGAUCGGAUCCCCAAGUGCCUUUUCGACUUUCUUGCGAACCCGAGCUUUACCUUUGUGGGCGUCGGGGUAGGGGAAGAUGUUCGAAAGCUGGCGGAUGAUUAUGGCCUGGAGGUAGCGAAUUCUGUGGAUCUUAGGGUUUUGGAGGCGAGGCACUACGGGCGGGACCGGCCCCGGAGCGUGAGCCUGAAGGACCUGGCAUCGGAGGUUCUAGGGCAGGAGUUUCAGAAGCCGAAGAGUAUUACUUUGAGUCACUGGGACAAGCCAUACCUCUCCCCCGCGCAAGUCAAGUACGCUUGUGUUGAUGCCUUUGUUUCUUUCGAAAUUGGCAAGGUCUUGAUCGCAGCAGAGGAGGACUAAAUAAAACAUGUGGGCUGCACAGUUUUUUAUUUUCUCUGUCUUUUCCUUUUUGGUAAGGAUGAUGAACAAUUGAUAAAUAAUUUAGUUUUGCUUACUUAAUGCAUAUGUGUGUCGUGCUAACUUCCUACAUAAGUAUGUAAAUGUUCUUUUGAAUUUUUAAUUUUUCUUUGAUGUCAAAAUCUUAGACCUCUGUUCUUAUAUGGUUGGUUCCCAAGUUUGGGAAUUUUUUAGUGGUA